GAGAUCUGCUGGCAUCUCGAUGGAGAUGAACCCCCGAGCCUACAGAUUGCGCAAGGCACCUCCAACCUUCGUUGUUUUCUUCAUGAGGGAUGAAGAAAGACAAGGGCGCCAAAUUGACCUCCUUCUUUCCCGGCAUUUGCAUGUUCAGACGGCAACUGUUGAUCCAGACAGAUUCUGGAACAAUGACUCUCGUGCUCGAUGGGUCAGGGGUGAGAUUCCUGACGGUGUCAUCGUUGCCUUCCGUGAUGAUCAGGAAACUAAAGAUGCUAUUGGCGAUGGUGGGGGAGAGAUGCUUGCCAACCGCUCGUCUUCGCAACUCACACACGAAGUCCGUGAACAUCUUGAGUCGAAAAUGACUGACGAGACAAUCGUUGACUGGGAUGAACGUCUUCAGAACAUGGUUGAUGCGGUUGACAUCCGGGGUGAGUUUGUUGAGUUCUCCUUGCUUGAUGUUCGUGCCGAACUGGUUGGGAUGCGCCCUCGCAGUGCGGUUGGGCCAGAUGGUAUCAGCGUUGACCUUCUCCGGACAUUGGCAAGUCAUGAUUCACUUGGGCUCGAGCUUCUUUCGCUGAUCAACCACAUUGUCAGUACCCAACAACUGCCUGAAUCGUGGUCGCAGAGUUACCUUGCCCUGCUUGCUAAGUGUGACUGUCCGCGUGCGGCCAAUGACCUUCGGCCGAUCUGUGUCAGCAGCGCUUUCAACAAACUUGUCAACCGCCUCGUUUGUGGUCGGAUCAUGCCGCACUUACGUCGGGGCUCCUACGUCUCUUGCUGUGGCAAAGGACGUCAAGCCGCGGAUCUCAUUGGGGCGAUAUCUCGAAUCCGAGAUGUUACCCGCGAGUGGAAGAUGCCUCUUGUGAUUGCGAAGCUGGAUGUGGCUGGUGCUUUUGACAAAGUCGACCGUGGCAAAGUUGCCGAACUCCUUGUACUUCGUGCAGGGGGGAAGAUGGUUGACCAUGAACUUCGGUAUCUUCUCUGUCAACUCCGCGUACAUGUUCUGGAAGGGCGUGUUCCGGGCGGGAAAUGCAUCAAAAUCCGGCCCAACAAUGGCAUCAAACAAGGAGCCCCGGAAAGUGCCGAGAUUUUUGGCCUCAUGGUUGACGCCAUCCUCUCUGACCUGGUUGCCUCACGCCAAUGGGGUGAACUUGGUGAACCCUGUCCAGGUUUGGCUGCCGAACUGCUGUUUUACCAGGACGACAUCUUUGUGCUGGACAAGCAACUUGGCUCACUCGCGCGACGGAUACGUGCUGUCGGACGGGGACUUGAACGGGCUGGUCUGCUACUUGCGGCUAAGAAGACCAAAAUCAUCGCCAGCCCCGCGUUCUCUGGGGCCCGUCGUGUUCGUCUUGGUUCGGAUGAAUUCUGUAUUGCACCCUCCUCGGAAUCCAUCAAGGUCCUGGGGGUGAACUUCUCUUUGUAUGAAAAACCCAACCAACAGGCUCUUGAGCUUCUUGCCCGCACUCGCGCAGCAGCUGGCAUGCACAAGGACAUCCUUGGGGCCAAAGGCUCGUGGACGAACAAGAUGAAGAUGCUUCGAUGCCUUGUUGAAUCGCGAUUUACUUGGUGCGCAGGCGCUCUCCAUUGGGGCAACGAAGAACUACAGGCGGCUAACACUCUGCAACUGCACAUUCUUCGCUCGGCCUUCCAACUCAGACGCCUCUCUGGAGAGUCAUGGCUGGACUGGAAUACUCGCAGCAUGCGCUUCGUCAGGGUGUGGCUUCACAAUGGUGGUUGGCUUAGAUGGUCUGAUCGCAUACUUAAAUUGAGCUCCAAUUCAACCUUCAUGGGCAUUGGAGUCGCCGUUCGGAAAUACAGCCAAGCACUGGAUUUGCCUCACCUUGUCUGCCGAUGCGGGCUGUUGUGUGGAGGUGCACUGCAUGGUGGCGUGAACAACAAGCUCUCAAAGUCUCUGGACUUCGCCAUCCUGGUCACUUCUUUGCAAGUAACACUGAACGCCAGCUCAGUGAAGCUUUGGGCAAUCACUGGCCAGUCUUAG